UCCAAGAUGGCAGACGCCGAACAGUCGCUUGUGAAUGGUGUCACCAAUUUAAGUGUUAAUGACAAUGAUAAGGGCAAAGAGGGCGGAGAUGAAUUUGCAAAAGGCUGGGGAUUUAGUCUCCCCGAGCUCUACAAACUUGCUGUUCGAUUUUUUAAAGAGAAAGAUGGGAAAGCUCUGAAGCUGACAUACAAGGAUAAACUUCGAUUAGUGGCUUACACAAAGCAGGCUACCUACGGGAAGUACCGAAAUGAUGUCUCUCCGGAAGUCGGCUUCCUGGAUGUCGUGGGGAAUGAUAGAAGUUUAAGUACCAAUCCCAGUGAAUGGCAAGCCUGGCAGGCCCUUGGGGACAUGUCCCAGACUACAGCUAUGGCUGAGUUUGUGAAGCAGUUAGACUCUCUGUGUCCACUCUUCAGACCUUUCACAGAGGCUCACAGCGCUGAAAAACAGGAACAGCAAAGAAAAAAACAGGAAGAGGAGGAUCGCUUACGUCGGGAGGCCGAGGAGAAAGAGAGACGACGAAGGGAGGAGGAAGCUCAGAAACAACUGGAGCUACAGAAACAAAAGCAGCUGGAGCAAGAAAUGCAAAUAAGAGCAGCAUUGAAUCAACAGACAGCUGUCCAGUUUGCCCAAUAUGCCCAGCAGCAGUACCCCAACAACAAACAACAACAAGACGAGUUGAUCCGACAGCUGCAAGAGCAACACUACCAGCAGUACAUGCAACAAGUGUAUCAACAGCAGCUUCUACAUCAGCAACAGCAGUACCAACAGAUGCAUCAACAAGCCAGCAACACAGCACCAGCACCAACACAACCCACACCUGCCAGUCAACAGAUGGCCCCGCCCCCUACCCAACAGCCAGCCAGUCAGCAGAGCGAGGCUCCUCCCCAGACAAACGUUAACUCUAAUGUCACGCCUAAUGGCCCAGUGGAAGGGACAACAGAGAAAAAGCCAGAGGGAGAAGGCCAUGUUCCGCCCCCUGCUUUGUUAAUGCCCGCCUCUGUCUGGACUCGUAAGGACAUCCAAUCAUUCAAAGACAGUGUCAAACACUGUCAAGAAAAUGUUAUUAAGAUUGGGUCCCUAGCAACGGCGACUGUGAGAGUGCCCACACAUGAGGACGGCACCUGCCUGUUCUGGGAGUUCGCCACGGACUACUACGACAUCGGGUUCGGUGUUUACUUUGAGUGGACCGUGUCCCCCAGUACUACUGUCAGUGUGACAGUCAGUGAGUCAAGCGAUGAGGAGGAAUUCGAUGAAGAACAAGACACAAAGAAUGAUGUGGAGCAAGGUGCUAAGAAAGACGACCGUCCACCAACUGACGAGAUUAUUCCGGUUUAUCGCCGCGACUGCCACGAGGAGGUGUAUUGUGGAAGCCACGCUUACCCAGGCCAGGGCGUGUAUCUAUUGAAAUUUGACAAUUCCUACUCCCUGUGGAGAUCAAAGACACUGUAUUACCGUGUGUAUUAUAGCAGAUAAAUAUUGUUCUGGGAACUCUUAUGUGUACUGGCGUGUUGCCAAAUGUGAUACCUUAAGCUUUUAUGAUAGAGUACAUUGUGAGAGUGGCCUCGGACUGUCCUCAGUUUCAUGGAGAGCUGAUUCGGGUCAGCAGUGGUUCUAUGGCUUUAUAAGGUUAUAGGCUAUAUGUUAUAGCUCUGUGGCUUUUUUUUCGUAUAAGGUUUAUCUUUUUUGUUUUAGCGAUGCCUAAAUAAUAUCCUGUUAAACUCAGAAUUGAUUUUAUUCUUGCCUGUUGUAAAUUAAUGGUUCUAGUCUCGGAUAUGCCGGGGAUAUUCUGUUUUCAAUAAAAAAAGAAAAUGGUAUUUCUAAAUAUUGGACUAUAUGAAAUUUAUGAAAAACUAUACUUAAACAAUUUGGGUCAUAAAGUAUUCUGCCAUUUAAUAGUAAUUUAAUUUAAUUAAUGUUUUUUCUGUAUUCUUUUCAUAAAAAAUUCUGUUAGCAUUUUUUUUUAAUUUGCUUAACAUGUGCUAUCAAAUCAUUGUUGUUUAUUAUGAAAUACUUGUUGAAUUUCAAUUCAUCAUAGAUUAAGAUCAAAUCUUAAGCAGUUAUCUCUUAUUAUGUGGAUCUUUGGCAUGAUGCACAUAGGUCUUUGGUUAAAAUAUUAAUAUAUAAAUAACCAUUUAUAUAAGGUCAAAUGGAAGAUAGGGGUUUUCAGGACAAUAUGUUACACAGAGUUAGGCAUUUUAUAGCUGAUGGGGGAUUAUUAGACAUAAAAUGUUAUCAGUUUCAUUUUAUCAAGACAAUAUCUUGAGUUUUUUGUAGAGAUAGAUAUAACAAAGUUAUUUAUUACCUAUUAAGGGGCAAAAGGUUGACUUAUGUUUGACCUGAAUUAUGACAUCUUUGAUCCAGAUCAAAUUCCUGAAAAGGUCACAAUCUCAUUGCUGUAGUAGAUGACCAAGAAUGUUUAUCCUUCCAAAAGAUCAUUGUGAACAGGGGGAAAAGUAUUUGAGUUUUUCUGGUCAAAAAUUCAGAAAUGUUUUGAAGGAAUAUUUUUCUUGUCAACAUAUGAUCAAUACCAAGGGAAUCUUAGAUUUUUUACUCUUAAUAUUAUUUGAUACUUGGUAAACUAAUCAAUUUUAUUCAACAUUUUAAUAAAAAGGAAUAUAUGGUUGAAAAGGGAAAUAACCCAAUUUUCUUUUUUCAACUUGAAAAAUAUAAAGCUGAUUUCUCUAUCUUAAUGUGAUUUAUAGUGUUGUCCAAGAAUUUUUUUAAACUGCCUCUCUAUUUACAUAUCACAUUGUUGUUGAUAAAAUUAAUGUAAUUGUUCUUUAAUAUUAUCUCAUGUUAAAGUAUUAAAGGCCUAUUAAGCUGUAAAAAGAUUGUAUUUCUGAAAAUUAUGAAAUGUAAAUUUUUCUAUAGUAAUAUUUGAUUGUCUAGAUACUUUUUAUUAACCAAAAAAUGUGUAUAUGCAUGUUUAGGAUUUAAUACAUUUGUGAUAAUUUUUGGCAAGUAUUUAAUGAAAAAUGAUGAUGAAAUACUAUUUCCCCUUAUAAGAAACAGCAUUGAUUUUUCAUACAUGUAUGUAAAGUAUGUCAUAAAUUUGAGUCCUUAUAAUUAAGAAAAUUAAAAAGAAAAUUUUUCAUCGGAAAGAUGCGGAUAGGAGCAAUUUUGUUUCCCUACAUAUAUACCAUUCUGCAGUCAUACACACAUUAUUCACCAAUCAAUCUUGGAGUAAAUGUAUAUCCAUAUUGUAUAUUGCAUGAAACACAUUUACAAAUGUGGCACAUUUACUGUGGAAUCUCUUUUAAAGUUGUUUGGAGAUAAUAUUAAUAACACUGUAGUCAGUUAUUUACUGGUGGGUAAGUGUUGUUCUUUGGAUAUGAAGUUUUGUUCUUGUUAAGAAGCAGGUUUAUCUCCCUUGAGUUUUUUUUAACUGCACUGUACUUUCUAGUUAUUUAUAACACACAACUUUCUCUGGUCACAUUUCUACCUUUUGUUUGUUUGUUUUUUUUCUAAAUAUUUUCAAUUUUUCCUUGUAUACCUACCUAUACAUGACUUUGUUUUAAAUAAGAUUGACUAUAUUGUCCGUAUGCCUAUCAGUGCAGUAUUUUUGUACACUGGCCAACAGUGUUGUGACAUGUGUGAUUGUAAAUCCAAUGUUAUAUAUUGUAAAUUGUAGUUAAUAUAUUAAUGAUAUGUUGGUCAUUACAAGUGAAUAAUAUAAAAAUAAAUGAUUCAAAAUUCUAA